UGUACACGACAUUUCCACUGACGUCAAGAGAAUUUUCUUGUAAGUUGGAUACAAAACUCAAUCUUGAAAACAGAAAAGCCAUAACAUUUUUACAGAAAACUGAAUUCAAUUGAGAAAUUUAAUAAAAAGAGACAUAUUGUUUCGCUGUUAUAACGAGUCAUUCUUUGCAUUGUUAUAAACAAUCUUCUUCUGAAAAACAUUUCGUGAUUGAAAAACUCAUAAUUUGAUUCAGGUAAAAUGAAAACUAUUUUCCUUCUUGCCCUCUUUGUCGUGGGUGCCUUCUGUGAAGAGGCAGCUGAAGAAGACACCGAGAAGAAAAGCGACGUAGGAACCGUAAUAGGAAUAGAUUUGGGAACCACCUACUCAUGUGUGGGGAUAUUCAAAAAUGGACGAGUUGACAUCAUUGCCAAUGACCAAGGUAACCGAAUUACACCAUCUUACGUCGCCUUCACUUCGGAUGGCGAGCGAUUAAUCGGCGAUGCGGCCAAAAAUCAGCUGACGAGCAAUCCUGAGAAUACUGUCUUCGAUGUCAAGAGAUUGAUUGGUCGAAACUGGGGUGAUGACACGGUUCAGAAAGACAUCAAACUUUUCCCUUUUACAGUAACUCAGAAGAAUGGUAAGCCUCACGUGCAAGUGAAAGUAAGUGGAGCCGAUAAAGUUUUCUCCCCGGAAGAAAUCAGUGCAAUGGUCUUGUCCAAGAUGAAGGAAACGGCUGAAUCGUACCUUGGAAAAACAGUGAAGAAUGCUGUCGUGACUGUCCCUGCAUACUUUAACGAUGCCCAGAGACAGGCCACUAAAGAUGCGGGAGCAAUCGCUGGUCUCAAUGUGAUGAGAAUAAUCAACGAGCCCACUGCAGCAGCAAUUGCAUAUGGUUUGGACAAGACUGACAAGGAACAGAAUAUCUUGGUUUUCGACUUGGGAGGUGGAACAUUUGAUGUGACUCUUCUCACGAUUGACCAAGGAGUGUUUGAAGUACUCGCAACUAAUGGUGACACUCACUUGGGAGGUGAAGAUUUCGAUCAGAGGGUUAUGGAACAUUUCAUCAAACUCUACAAGAAGAAGACUGGAAAAGAUGUCACGAAAGACAACCGAGCAGUACAGAAACUCAGACGAGAAGUUGAGAAAGCCAAGAGGCUCUUGUCAUCUCAGCAUCAAGCACGAGUGGAAAUCGAAUCGUUCUUCGAUGGUGAAGAUUUCUCAGAAACGCUGACCCGUGCCAAAUUUGAGGAGCUGAACAUGGAUCUCUUCCGAAACACCAUGGCUCCUGUUAAGAAGGUUUUGGAAGACGCUGAUUUGCAAAAGCACGAAGUUCACGAAAUUGUUCUUGUCGGAGGAUCAACUCGAAUCCCUAAAGUUCAGCAGCUGAUCAAGGAGUUCUUCAAUGGCAAAGAGCCUAGCAAGGGUAUUAACCCCGACGAAGCCGUUGCAUUUGGUGCUGCAGUUCAGGGCGGAAUUUUGAGCGGAGAAUCUGAUACUGGUAAUUUGAUCCUUCUCGACGUGUGUCCGUUGACUCUUGGAAUCGAAACUGUCGGUGGUGUGAUGACAAAACUGAUCCCAAGAAACACAGUUGUGCCAACAAAGAAGUCGCAAAUCUUUUCCACUGCCCAGGACAACCAACCGACCGUCACAAUCCAAGUUUUUGAAGGAGAGCGACCCAUGACAAAAGACAACCACCAGUUGGGCAAGUUCGAUUUGACCGGAAUUGCACCAGCGCCCAGAGGUGUACCCCAAAUUGAAGUCACAUUUGAGAUGGAUGUGAACGCUAUUCUUAGGGUAUCAGCCAAAGAUAUUGCAACUGGCAAUGAAGAAAAGAUCACAAUUACGAAUGACCAGAACCGACUAACACCCGAAGAUAUCGAGAGAAUGGUCAAAGAAGCCGAAGAAUUUGCGGCAGAAGAUGCUAAGGUAAAGGCUAAGGUAGAUGCUAAGAACGAACUAGAAUCAUACGCAUACAAUUUGAAAAAUCAAAUCGAAGAUAAGGAGAAGCUCGGAGGCAAAUUAGACGAAGACAACAAGGCAACAGUCACCAAAGCAGUAGAUGAAGCAAUUAGCUGGUUAGAGUCAAACCCGAACGCGGAGACUGAAGAGAUCCAGGAGCACAAGAAGGCACUAGAAGAAAUUGUGCAGCCUAUCAUUAGCAAAUUGUACGAGGGUGCAGCACCACCUCCGCCCGAAGGGGGCGAGGAAGCUCCUCAUGACGAAUUUUAAACUAGAACUCAGGCCAAUAUUUUCCCAACGGUGCGCUAAGUUAUAUCAGAAUUCAACGUUUGAAUUUAAACUAACCCCCUCCCUUUGCUAAGGGAUAUAGUUCCAGUUUAAGGUGUGAAAAUGAAAACCAAAUGGUAUAUGUUAAAAUAUGACAAUUUUUGUAUAUGCAUAAUUUGCUUAUUUGUUGUACACUGAGUGUAAAUUGAGUAUUUGUCUCGAAGCGCAAUCCAUGUCAAGUUGUACCAGAAAAUUAAUUUGGAAGAUAAUUAGUUGUUUUGGUUAUUGUUUGAUUUCAAAUUUAAUGAUUUGAUAAUAAA